GGCCAUCCAUAGCAUGGCAAGAGAGCAGCGACAAGUCAGGUCCCAGCAUCCCGUCUCCAGCCCCGGCCUCGCCCAGCUCCCCGUCCAGCUUGGAGACCUUUGCCGCCGUGGCGAAGGCCAAUGCGGCAGUGAAGAGCGUGGCAGGCCUGUCGAGGCGCAUGGAAGGCCGUCCUGAUGCGGGCUUCCGUGCGCUGUGCCCGCACUGCGGCGGGGUGCCGCACGCGGAGGCCGCACGGUGGUGGACAGAGGUCGCCAACGAAGUUCAACUGAUCAACGAGGCAGUCGAUGCCAAGUUGGACUUGUGGCGGGCGAGGAUGCAGGAGAAGGACCAGGUCAUCAAAAGACUCUAUGUGAAGGUGAAGCAGCUUUCUGAUUCUGGCCGCCGAGCGCCGGGCGCAGAGGAGAGGCAAGCCCAUGUCUCCCCGCAAGCGGAGGCGCCCCAAGCACCGGUGGCGCAGAACUCCGGAGGGAGGAGUCCGCUCAGGGCCGCCGUUCAGCGUGGGAAUGCGCUCGUGUCGCCCACGAACCACACCCGGCCGCUGCUGGCCGCGCAGUCUAUGGAUGGCUUUCAGGCGGCCUUCCUGCAAAACCGUCAGCCCCGCGCCGGGUCCUUGAGCCCCUCGGGCAGAGCUUCAGGCGGUGCGAACGGCACGGGCGACGCCAACGGCCGCAGCUUCGAGGCUCGGCCGUCGCUUCAGUCACCCACCGCUGCUGCAGCUCGGAAGACCCGCCCUCGCGAGGCGGCGGAGAGAGUGCAGAUUCUGUACCUCCGCCAAGAGAUCGCCCAGCUGAGGCGGCAGAAUGCCGAGCUGCAGGGUCAGGUGCGGCUGGGAGACGCCCAGAUGGAGAGUUUGAGCGGCAUGGUGAAGGAGCUGCAGGCCAACCAGGAGGCGCAGAAGAGCCGCACCCAGUCCAGCGCGAUGGCGUUGCAGACAGGUGCAGGCCCCGGAAGCGGUGCAAGCACUCCCGCCAACCCCCUGCCUGUCAGUGUGGCGUCCCCUACCAGCGCUCAAGGUGAGUCCACAAGAGCGUUCACCUCCCGGCGCUUGUCCAUGGACUUGCAGCCAUCGAUUGCCGCUACCCGUGUAUCUGCAGCAAACCAGGCCCAGAGAUUUGCCCGCGCGGCGGAAGCUGGGGAGCGUGGCAGUGCGAGUCGGCCCUCGAGCGCCUUUCAAAGGCACAAGGAGCAGAUGAACUCCCGGAGGGUGGUGGUGGCAGCGCCGCAGGGUGCUUCUGCGAGCCAGAUGGCUCGCAUGUUCUCGCCGAGGAGCCGGCAACUGCAAAGCGGCACACGCUCGGUGGCCAGUUGCGCUGCUUUGAGGGAGCCGAACCAGGCCUCCGCGGCCGCGCCCCCAGCCCCCAGCCAGGCCGACUUGCAGGCCAGACCUCUGACGGGACCCGCGGGACCCGCCAGCUCCUUGAGCGGCUCAGUUGCUGCAGCUCGAUCUGCUUCAGUGGAUCACCGGGCGCGGACGCGCAUCGGCCGAACGGUGCGGAUAGAGCGGGACCAGCUGGCGAGGCGCUCACUACGGCGGCACUGACGAUCCCGCUGUUAUCGCGCCAAACGGUUUGGCACUGAGGCUCCUUCCAGGGCCAAAGAUGGGAGCCCGGGAAAUGCCAUUGUUCUGCACA